AAAAAUAUAAAAAAAUGCCCACAGUAAAUAUAGAUAAAGAGGAUUUAUUUAAUGCACUUAAUCAUAAUUAUACAAUAGAAGAAUUUAGUGAACUUUGUUUUAAUUUUGGACUAGAAUUGGACAAAGACACAUAUGAAUCAGAAGCGAUUAAUGAAACGCUAAAACGCCCUCAGCUUAAAAUUGAAGUUCCAGCAAAUAGAUGUGAUUUGCUCUGUCUUGAAGGAAUUGCAAGUGCACUUAACAUUUUUCUUGGGAAUCAAAAGGCACCACAAUUUAAGCUCUCCAAACCUAAAAACCUUCAAAUUCUUAGAGUAUCAAAAGAGACAGAAAAAAUUCGACCAUUUAUUUCUGCAGCUAUUUUAAGAGGAAUUCAUUUUACUAAACGAAGAUAUGAAAGCUUUAUUUCCUUACAAGACAAGCUACAUUCAAAUAUUUGUAGGAAUCGUAGCUUAGUUUCAAUUGGAACACACGACUUAGAUACUAUUCAAAGUCCUUUUUCGUAUGAAGCCCAUAAACCUGAAAAAAUCAACUUUAUUCCUUUAAAUCAAAAAAAGUCAAUGAAUAUGGACGAACUUUUUAAACUUUAUGAGAAUGAUAGACAUCUUGGAAAAUUUCUUCAUUUGAUUAAAAAUUCAUCCGUUUAUCCCGUCAUUUACGAUUCGAAUAGAAUUGUAUGCUCAUUACCUCCUAUCAUUAAUAGUGAACAUAGUAAAAUUACUUUAAAUACAAAAAAUAUUCUUAUCGAAGUAACUGCAACUGAUCAAACAAAAUUAGAAAUCGUAACAAACAUUAUGGUAGCCAUGUUUUCAUGUUAUUCGGAAGAACCAUUCACUAUAGAACCUGUUCAAGUAGAAUCGCCACACAAUCAGUGCUCACGAAUAUGGCCAAAUCUAGAUCAAAAUAUAAAAUCGGUUGAAAUUCCAUAUAUUAAUUCAUGUUGUGGUCUUAAUUUAUCUUCAAAAGAAAUCUCCAAAUUAUUAGAAAAAAUGGGUCUUUCAUCAAAACAAUCUAUAGUUAAUUCAGAAUUAUUAGACGUUUUUAUUCCUAUAACACGCCCAGAUAUAUUGCAUCAAUGUGAUAUCAUGGAAGAUAUUGCAAUUGCUUAUGGAUAUAAUUGUUUAAAAAAAACGUUUCCUAAUAAAAUCAUUACUACAGGCAAACCUUUACCACUUAAUAAAUUAGCAGAUGUUAUUCGCAUGGAAUGCUCUAUGGCGGGUUGGUCAGAAGUUAUGUCUCUUAUUCUAUCUUCACAUGACGAAAACUUUAAAUAUCUCGGCAAAACAGACGAUUCAUUAGCUGUAAUUUUAGAGAAUCCUAAAACAAUAGAAUACCAAGUUGUUCGAACUACUUUAAUACCAGGAUUACUGAAAACUAUACGGGAAAAUAAAAAGCAUUCUCUUCCUAUAAAAAUUUUUGAAGUAUCAGAUGUUGUGUUAAGAAGCGAUGAUGAAGAGACAUUUUGUAAAAACAAAAGACUAUGGAGUGCAGCAUACUUCUCAAAUACGUCUGGGUUUGAGAUUAUACAUGGUCUUCUUGAUAGAAUUAUGAGUAUGUUAAAUACUAAUAAAGUUGCACCAGAAAGCAAAGAUCCUGGUUAUUGGAUUCAAUGUUCAGAAGAUUCUAUAUUUCUUAAGGGGAGAUGUGCCAAGAUUUUCUUACGACUUGAAAAUAUGUCAGAAGUUAAUAUAGGAAUUUUUGGAAUUCUUCAUCCAAAUGUUCUCAAGGCAUUUGAAAUACCAUUUGUUGGUUCUAUUUUAGAACUUGAUAUAGAAAAUUGGCUAUAA